GCUGAACUGGUUGGCAUGGCUCUUGUAAAUAUUGCAUUGAACGCGAUCUUGCCAUCCGGUUCGCAAGAGUUGUCUCCUCCGCAGCUAGCAACAAACGUAUGGUGAACGUGAAAGCGUCUGUGAACUAGGGGCAGGGAUGAGUGAGAUGGUGUAUAAAGAUGUCUCCUCGAGGCUCUCUGACUCUCUUUCGGUGGAUUAAUCAAUAGACAACGCAACGCACAGUAUCAAAACCCAGUCACUCAUCUACCGAAGCUUAUAAUUACCAUUUUCAUCUCCAAAUCCCAAAUCCCAACGUCCAAGCCCAACCCAUGGUGCAAAACGCCUUUGCCAGCAAUGGAUGGGGUCUGAUCGCGGCCGCCAGCCAGGACGCACUCAACAAGCAGCUUUCCAAGCUUCCCUUGAUUCUAGUCAAGCGGGACGUCCCGUUCGAGAUAUUUGGCACGCCUAUCACUGCUCAUGCCAACGUCACUCUUAGUCCUCCCCAGGUGAAGUUCAAGGACGGCUCAGGUCGCCAGGUGGACGCCUUGCUGCCUAUGAGCGGCACCGUCAUAAUGAACACCACCCCGAUUCCCAUUCCCAACGGGGAAGUUAUCACGAUGACGACGCAGCUCGCGCAGUUGGAGGCGAAGCUUAACCCCCACCCGGACGCGAACCAGACCAACUACGACCUCAUUCUCGACCUUGAGAGCAAGGACAUCAUUGUCAACAUCGACCUGAACAUCGACAUUCCGUCGCUCACCGGCAUGCAGACCAUGUUAGAGCUGCUCAUCCGGCAGGACAUUAGCAACGGCAAGGACUACAAGGUUGCCACCUUCUCGCUGGGCAAGAAGCAAGCCGAGCAGCUCCAGCCCCUGAUUCCAGUCUAUGCCGACUUUCCCUUCGUCCAGGACCGCGAUUUCCCCGGCCGCAGCAACCUCCUGGUGCUCAUGCAGACGUCCAACAAGUUCAAGGGCGGCGUCUACUUCAGCCACCCGCUCUUGCCGCCGAACGAGAACUUCAUGGUCCUCGUGUCCAACAAGCUUCUCCUCGAACAAGCAGGCCCUCAGGCCCUCUACUUCGACGUCGACGUCCAGGCAGACGUCACGUUCCUGGACAUACAGGUCGAGGCGACGGACAAGAUCUGGCACCAGUUCGAGUUCACGGGCGGCGACAAGAUCGGCCUGAAGAAGAUCAAGGAGGGGCAGAACCAGUCGCGGUGGAUGGAGUGGUGGAAAUGGCUGCUCGCCGCGUGGUGGGGCCUCAUCAGCGCCAUCCUCGUCGGCAUCAUCAACCUGGUCGUCGCCGGCACCGACGCGAACCCCGGCGAGGCCUUUGGCAACCUCGGCGCGUACUCGGUCACGUGGCCCAACCAGAAAUACGUCAAGCACAAGAGCAUCAGCACGCCCAACCACGUCGUUGUUACCCUCGAUGUCCAGUUCGCCUGA